AGUCAGUAAUACUUGUCUCAGUUUUUGUUUCCUGGUUGGCCUCCAGCAACUCAUUUCAGUUUGAAAGCGACAGUUUGGAUCACUGUGUUGGAACCUGGGGUCUUUAUCUGUGCUCACAAUGCCUCGACAGAAGGACAGACGAUCCUCUAAAUCUCGACUCAGUGUAUGGACUACAGUGUUUUUCCACUCAGUUAUCAUUCUUCAAAUGACACAGAUCAACGCAGGUGAAUCUCAGACAAACAGUCAGCCUCGUAUAAUGGCAGUAAUUGGUCAGACUCAAGACAUCACGUUGCUAUGCAGUGUGGAUCCUCCCAUCAAUGCUGUGGAUGAGAUGGUUGAGUGGUCAAGAUCUGACCUGAAUCCCAGAUUUGUCCAUGUGUGGCGGUCAGGUGAAGAUCAUCUGAUUGGCCAAAAUCCAUCCUACAAGAACAGAACAUCAGUGUCUAUUGAGAAACUGAAAACAGGAGAUGCAUCACUGAAACUCACCAAAGUGAGGCUGUCAGAUGAAGGAACAUACAGGUGCUUCAUUCCUGGACUAAGUGUAGAUUUGAGUGUUGAACUUGUUGUCGAAGCUGAUAUUCAGAUAACCAAAGUCAGCCCUGGAGUGUUAGAAUGUAAAUCCAAAGGCUGGUAUCCAGAGCCGGAUGUGUUUUGGCUGGAGAGUGAGGGCAAGAUCAUCCCUGCUGGGUCUAAAGAGAUGUUCAGAGGUCCUGAUGAUCUCUAUGCCCUCAGCAGCAGACUGACUCUGGAAAAAGAACACAGCAAGAACAUCACCUGUAGAAUCCAACAAAACAAACAGCAUAGAGAAGUCAAGAUACAUGUCCCAGAUGAUUUCUCUGUGGAUUCGGCUAGAUCUACCAUUGCGGCAUUGAUUGUUGGCAUUAUAUUUAUUACUUUUGUUGUUUUUCUUGUUUUUCUCGUUUGGAAAUGGAGAAAAAACAACAUGGGUGAGACUCUAAUGCAUGCCCAAAUAUUGCGUAAUCUCCUACUUUGUCAGACAAAUCUGAUUACAUUUGCACCAAUUAAUUAUUGACAAAAAAUGUGUGGUUAGACCAGCUAGACUUACAUUCAAGUCUAGAUGCUGCUGUUAAUGCCUCAUAUGUUGGUGAUAUGUUGUUUAAGGCCAACUGCAAACAUAUACAAACACUCUAACAAUAACAUGUCAUUAUGCACACAGUCAUGUCUAUAGAGGCUUUUUUCCAUUCAAUUUGUGUUUUUCAUAUUUUGCUUAUUUUCUUAUAAAGUCAAUAAUAUUAGAAGCUAUUGCCCCUCCAAUAGAAGAAGCUCCAUGCCUGCUUCAUGUCCUGGGGGGGCAGGAUUGUGGUUUCCCACACCUAUUAUUAAAUACUUAAAUGGAGAAACCUCAUGAACACAGCUAACCCAGACAGUGUGCGUGUGCAGGCUCACAAACACAGGUGCACACACGCACACUGUCUGGGUUGGCUGCUACCUCUAAACAUUAAGGUUAAGAUUAUGUUACUUAAGCUUAUGUUGGUUGUUGCUGUGGUUUCUCUACUGUGUUGUUUUCAUUUUUCAUUUUUUUGUUUGUCCUUCAGACAACAAUUGUGAUUGUUAUACUGCCAGAUAGGACAUGAAAAAAGUUUGUUUCAAUUGAGUCAGAAACACAUAUUAUUAUUAUUAUUAUUAUUAUUAUUAUUAUUAUU